UAUAAGAUACCGCAGGAGAUAUCGCAAAUUAUAGUGCCAGCGAUAUCUCCUACACAUGCUUUUAAUGGAUGAUAAAUAUUACUUUUCAUCGGAGGAUAAUGCGUGCCGUUUAAAAUCGGAUACCUUUUCUUCUAAGUACGAUUUGAAGUUGUUAUCAACAUGGUUUUCUGUUGUAUCGCUAAAUACAUUGCUAGUGAUCUGCCAUGGCGUUGCAAAUAUCGUCGGGGUGACUACGACAGUUCGGGCGAUAACGAUGCCGUCUACAAGAUCCACCCAGCCAGAAUCCUGAUGACAAGGUUACGGCAGUUGAUGGUCGGCAAUCCGAUUUUCCCCAUCAGACAGUCAAAGCGAGGCUUGGGUCACUGCAUUAACAACUGUAUGCGAGGCGGUGGCAGCAUGAACUUCAUUCAGUGCAAGUCACUCUGUCACUGAUGCUUGCCUAAAAAAAAGGCAGGAGUGACGUCAUUUGUCCAGCUGGAGCAGACGUUCGAGCCCUCCAAUCAGCAGUGUCGUUUCUUUCACUCUUUCUCUCUGACCUAUGACCUUUCACCACCCAACGGUUUCUCGUCUGUUUGUUUCUGCAGUAUACCUACAUUGGAUAUUUCUCUCUUUUUGGAAAACGUUUUUCGUUACAGAACAAUUUGUUUGGAUUUUCCUGUGAAACAGUUGUGAAAGAAAUGUUCUAAAAUGAAAGUGAAACUUGUUUUUGUAACAUGACUUUGUAAAAAAAUAUAUUAUUAAACAAUAAAGGUAUAACUUUCUAUGUGAAUGGUUUUUGUUUUUUGUUUUUAUAUUUUAUCAAUGUAAAAGCGCUAUUUAACAAAAUGGUUGAGAAAGAAAGAUUAAAAGAUUAUUUCUCACCAGAUUUCAAACCUAAGGUUAUAUGGUGACUCUCCGUCACCCUCUGUCUCUCCCCCACCCCCAUAUUUCUCCUUUGCACUAUCUGACAGUCUCUCUCUAUGCCUCCCCCUCUCCUUCCCUGCCAUCGUCUCUCUCUCUCUCUCUCUCUCUCUCUCUCUCUCUCU